AUGAAGUCUUUUCUGCCGUUAUUGAGCCUGGCCGGUGCUGCCAGCGCGCUGCACCUGUACAUUGAUGCCUCGAAGCCCAAGUGCUUCUUCGAGGAGCUACCCAAGGACACGCUCGUCGUUGGCCACUACAGCGCCGAGGAGUGGGACGACCGCAUCCAGACCUGGUCGAAGCACGAUGGCAUCAGCAUUUACAUUUCCGUCGAUGUGAGUACUCCAGUUGCCGGCUGGGACGGUUUCAUAAACGACCUCGAAACGUUUGAUAACGACCACCGCGUGGUGUCGCAGCGCGGUUCCUCCAGCGGCAAGUUCACCUUUACGUCCGCCGAGGCCGGCGAGCACAAGAUCUGCUUCACGCCCACGUCCAACAGCGGGCGCCCCGGUUGGCAGUCGGCGACGGGCCACGAGGGCCACAAGGGCCACGUCGGCAUCAAGCUGGAGCUCGACCUGGCGAUUGGCGAGUCAAGCAAGCUCGAGAGCACCGACAAGAACAAGCUUGAGGACCUCGAGAGCCGUGUGCGGGACCUCAACAACCGCCUGAGCGAUAUCCGCCGUGAGCAGGUCUUCCAGCGCGAACGCGAGGCCGACUUCCGCGACCAGUCCGAGUCCACCAAUGCCCGCGUCGUCCGCUGGAUCUUUAUCCAGCUCAUCGUCCUCGGUGUCACCUGUGCCUGGCAGCUGUCGCACCUGCGGUCCUUCUUCAUCAAGCAGAAGCUGACAUAG